UACAACUGAAUGAUUUCGCUUGAUCGAUCCUAAGAACUUUUCAACUUAAAUUUCUCAUUACUAGAAAUUAGUAGUGUCAAGGUUUAUUGUUGAAUGCGGUAGUAUAAUAUCCUUCGUUGUUGGAAAUGGCCAAAAGUUUGUAAAUAUUAUCAAUCAGUUUAAAAUAACAUAAAAUGGUAGACUCAACUAUCCAAGAUUGGAGGCCCUUUGUGUACGGAGGCUUAGCAUCCAUUGUAGCUGAAUUAGGUACUUUUCCGUUGGACACGACAAAAACUCGUCUGCAAAUUCAAGGACAAAAGCACGAUGUAAGAUUUUCAAGCUUAAAGUAUUCUGGAAUGAUAGAUGCUUUGAUAAAAAUCCCGAAACAAGAGGGCUACAAAGCUUUGUAUGCUGGGAUCAGCUCAGCAAUUUUAAGGCAGGCAACUUAUGGAACCAUUAAGUUUGGAACUUACUAUUCUCUGAAGCAAAGUGCCACAGAUAAGUGGGGUACCAACGAUAUAGUUUUGAUCAAUAUUGUGUGUGCUGCAAUAGCCGGAGCUUUUUCCAGUGCCAUUGCAAAUCCAACAGAUGUUGUAAAAGUCAGAAUGCAACUUGCUACAAUAGAAACUAAUCUUUCACUGUUUGGUUGUUUGCAAGAUGUUUACUAUCAAGAAGGUGUAAGAGGCUUGUGGAGGGGAGUUGGUCCAACUGCUCAGAGGGCAGCUAUUAUAGCAGCAGUGGAAUUACCCAUAUAUGAUUUUAGUAAAAAAGAGUUAAUACCUUAUGUAGGUGACAGCAUAUCCAAUCAUUUUAUAUCUAGUUUUAUAGCAAGCAUGGGAAGUGCUGUAUCCUCUACUCCCAUUGAUGUUGUCCGAACGCGAUUGAUGAACCAGAGACGGAUAAAUUCAAAUCAUGGGACUGUUCCUUCUCAUAUUUAUACCAGCAGUACAGAGUGUUUCAUUCAGACUUUUAGGAAUGAGGGGUUUUUCGCGCUUUAUAAAGGGUUUAUCCCUACUUGGCUCAGGAUGGGACCAUGGAAUAUCAUAUUUUUCAUAACUUAUGAGCAAUUGAAAAAGUUUUAAAGAA